AGCGUUGAACGGAUUUCCUUUUCAGUUCUUAACUCUUUUCGUUUAACAAUUAACUCCUGUGGCGGAUAAAUUGUUAUUUAUUUCAACCUCAGACAAUCAUUUCGUGACCUUAAAAACAAUCAACUGUCAAUUAAUCGUAAUCGUAUUGUUCAUUACUAGAAAUACAGUAAAAGAAACUGUUUUUUGUGACUUUUGUUUUCUCUGUUAUCGUUUAACUGUUAAUUGUGAUCAACCAGAAGUAACAAUUUAAGCUUCGUUGAGCUUUAAUCCAGAGAGUGAGAUAGUGAGAGUUAAUUGUUUAUCCAACUGUUGUAAUAUAAAUAUAAACAGCGACAAUCUUGAAUUACAAUCAGUUGUUUGUCAACCAGCUCUCUAGAUAAUCAGCAAAUUAAAGCUUGAUAACAAUUAAUCUUUAAAUACUCAUCGUUUCAUUUGAUCUCGACUUCAUAUUAAUUGUGAUUUAUUUUUCAUUUGUUUGUGUAUCAACAGUAAUCAUUUUGUGUCUUUCUAAAUCAACUGAUAUAUUAUUCUAAUCAAAAUGUCUGAAGCAACUUUAGCGAUCGAAGCCUCAACUCCAACCCCAAUCUCAGCACCAACACAAACAUCAACAUCUCCUGAAAGUGGAAAUGAUACCAAAGUUUCAACUGAGGUUCCAAUGGCCAAAACUUACGAACAGUGGAUUGAGGAGAUCGAUAUGGAAUCAGAAAACGCUGAUUGUGAUAAAGACGCUCUUUUAGUUAAGACAAAAGAGUUUUCCAAACUAUUCAAUGGCGAUUCGAAUGGUGAAAUCACAUGGCGAUUGGCUCGAAAUGCUUACAAAGCUGCUGCUGUUGCUGAAGCUUUGGGCGAUAAGGAUAAACAAAAAUCGCUUCUUUUGGAAGCGGAAGUUUAUAUUAAGAAAGCAUUGGAACUCGAUGCUUCCAAGCCUGAUUAUCAUGCAUGGGCUGCGUUCAUCGCCGGUAAAUUGUCUGAUUUUGCAGGAAGAAAGGAAAGGAUCCAAAGGGGACACGAAAUACAACAUCAUUUGGACGAAGCAAUCAAAUUGAAAACAACCGAUGCUGGUGUUUAUUACACUUACGGUCGAUGGUGUAUGGAAGUCGCUAAGUUGUCGUGGGUUGAACGGAACUUGGCCGCUGCUCUCUUUUCGAAACCACCAGAAGCUUCUUAUCAAGAUGCUGUUAAUAAAUUCGUUGAGGCCGAUAAGAUGAGACCCGAUUGGCGAGCAAAUUACUUCUGGAUGGCAAAAUGUUACAUCAACAUGAAGAACAACAAAAAAGCCAUUGAGUGUUUAGACAUUGGUGUUAAAUGUACACCGAAAGACGAAGAAGAUUCAACCGUUGAAGGAGAAUUAACUACAUUGCAAAAGAAAUAUGCUUCUUAUCGUUAAUUGUGAUCAACAAUCGAACUGAAAUAAUAACAAUUAACGUCUGUCUAAACAAUUAACUUCCUUUGUUUUACUUAUAUUUUAUGAUUUCCAAAGAUAAAAACAAUUUCUACAUUAUUAUAAAGAUUAAAUCGACUAAUUAAAGUUUAUUAAUGAAGUAAA